AUGCACAGCCUCCCCCCCCGUCUGUCUGUAUGGGGUGCUGUUGAGGCUGCUGCUGCUUCUCCCUCAGCCCCUGCUGCUGCUGCUGCUGCUGCUGCUGCUGCAGCAGCAGCAGCUGCUGCUGCUGCUGCUGAAGGGGGAAGAGACAGCACUGUUUGUCCUUCGUUUGUUGCAGCAGAGCUCGGUGGGGUCGCCACAGAAGCUGCAGCACAAGCAGCAGCAGCAGCAGCAGCAGCAGCAGCAGCAGCAGCAGAAUUUAAAGAAUGUGUAGAUACCUUUAUCUCUCUUCAAGCAGAACAGGCAGCGGAAGAGGUGCAGCAGCAACAGCAACAGCAGCAGCAGCAGCAGCAGCAGCAGCAGCAGCAGCAGCAGCAGCAGCAGCUAAACUCCGCGAGCUCCUCAAUCGAAGAAAAGUUUUUUAUUAUUUCAACUGCGUUCACGGGGCCCACCCCGCGCACACCCACAGUGUAG